GGCACUCUAAGCUAUUUUGCAGAUAGACGACGAUGAGGAGAUCGGAGUGCCAUCCUUUGUUGAGAGGAACAAGGAGCAACAAGUUCACCCAUGGCUUCUCUGCGGCGGAGAUGGAAUCAAUAACCGCCAUCUGCGACACUGUUCUUCCUUCUCUGCCGUUCGAUUCACAAGGUGAAACGAAUGCUUCUGAUAUCGCUUCUGUCGAGGCGUUUUAUGCAGCAUCCGGUUCGAGAUCUCCGAUUCCGGAUGAGGUUGCAGAGAUGAUAACGAAGAUCGGAUUAAUUGAAAUAGUGAUAUUGAUAAGGAUAGUGAUGUGGCUUCUGGCUACGAGGUUAGGAACAUUGUUGCUUUGUGGAUCGCUUUGUUUCUGCGAGAAAUGGCCUUUUGUUUGCAAUUUCUCGGCUAUGCCAUUGAAGAACAGAGAGGAAGCUUUGAAGAGAUGGUCUAAGAAUAAGAUUUUCACGUUCAUCAGAGUUGCUCUUGCUUCCAUCAGAAUUCUUUCCCUCUACGUCUUCUUUUCUCGGGUUGAUGUAAAUGGCGACAACCCAGCAUGGGAAGCCAUAAAAUACCGGCCGGCCAUUGAUGAAACUCCAUCCAAAUCCUCCGAUGAGAGGCCUCUCCAGAAGGGAAUCAUAGAACCCAACAACAAAACAGAAUCAUCCUUUCAAAACUCCCUUUUAGAGAAAGGUCUCACAGUCAUCGGAGAGGAAUAUCACACCCUUUCCAUCGAAUGCGAUGUGGUGGUUAUUGGAUCCGGAUGCGGCGGCGGCGUUGCGGCUGCCAUUCUCGCAAGUUCCGGUCAGAAAGUGGUGGUUCUCGAGAAAGGUAACUAUUUCACUGCUUCUGAUUAUUCAACUUUCGAAGGCCCUUCUCUCGAUCAACUGUACGAAGCUGGUGGGGUUUUAACUAGUAAUGAUGGGAAAAUGUUCAUUCUGGCUGGUUCUACCGUCGGCGGUGGCUCCGCCGUUAAUUGGUCAGCAAGCAUCAGAACCCCAAAUGCCGUUUUGCAGGAAUGGGUUGAAAGCGACAAGAUUCCAUUCUUUGGAAGCUCUGAAUAUCAAAACGCCAUGGAUGCAGUGUGCAAAAGAAUUGGAGUUUCAGAGGAUUGUGAACAAGAAGGGUUUCAGAAUCAAGUUCUUCGAAAAGGGUGUGAAAAUUUAGGGUUUCAAAUUGAAAAAGUACCAAGAAAUUCCCCAAACACUCAUUACUGUGGAUCCUGUGGCUAUGGCUGUAGAAAGGGUGAGAAACAAGGGACUGAUACAACAUGGCUCGUUGAUGCUGUGAAUCACGGGGCAGUGAUCAUAACAAAUUGCAAAGCUGAGCGAUUGAUAUUGGAAAGAAACAGAGCUGGAAGUAUGAGGAAGAACAAAUGCUUGGGAGUCAUUGCAAAAGUUUGGAGUGAUAACAUCACCAAGAAACUGAAAAUCAGAGCCAAAGCAACCAUCUCAGCUUGUGGAGCUCUCUUGACACCACCAUUGUUGAUAUCAAGUGGGCUGAAGAACAAACACAUUGGGAGAAAUCUUCAUCUCCACCCUGUUUUAAUGACUUGGGGAUACUUCCCAGAUUCAAAUUCAGAGUUCAAGGGAAAAUCCUAUGAAGGUGGAAUAAUCACAUCAGUACACAAAGUUGUCUCUGAAGGAACUAACUCAAGUCCUAAAACCAUCAUUGAAACUCCUCUAUUAGGACCAGGAUCAUUCGCUAUAUUGUUCCCUUGGAUAUCUGGACUUGACAAUAAGAAACGAAUGCUCAAGUAUUCGAGAACUGCCCAUUUCAUAACGAUCGUUCGAGAUUCAGGUUCCGGGGUAGUGCGAUCGGAGGGAAGGGUGAGGUAUAACUUGAGUGAAGAAGACAAGGAAAACCUCAAGACAGGGCUGAGACAGUCAUUGAGGAUUUUGGUAGCUGCUGGAGCUACUGAAGUUGGCACACAUAGGAGUGAUGGACAAAGACUUGAAUGUAAAGGGAUUGGGAAGGAGGAAGUGGAAGAGUUUUUGGAUAUGGUAACUGUAGAAGGAGGGCCGCUAACUAUGACACAAAACUGGAAUAUCUAUACCUCAGCUCAUCAGAUGGGGAGCUGCAAAAUGGGAGUUUCUGAAAACGACGGCGCGGUCGACGAAAAUGGAGAGAGCUGGGAAGCUGAAGGGCUCUUUGUUUGUGAUGCUAGUGUUCUUCCUACUGCUGUUGGUGUUAAUCCCAUGAUUACUAUCCAAUCCACUGCUUACUGUAUCUCAAACAGAUUGGCAGCCUUGUUAAGAAAGACUCACAAUUGACAGGUAGUAGACGCCUUUGUUCUUCAAGAUGAGUUCGUCCCGGAGCCACGGGUUUCGAGAUUUCGGAUUGAGGAUUC